AUGUUCUCCAGAUUCCACCUCUUCCGCCGCAAACCGCGCGCCAGCCGCGCCGGACCUGUAACUCUCCCACCCACAACCCCCCGCACAAACCCAAACACAAACAUAAACCGCAUCUCGACCCUCUCGAACGCCACCACUCUGCACCCACUGCAAAACGAGAUCCUCCCUACGAGCCUACUCUUGAGUUUCCCCGCGCCGCCUACACACCAACCCUCGCCUGUAUCCCCGCAGGUCGCGGCGUCCCAACCAGAUCCCCAGCAACCGCAACCGCAACAGCAACAUCCGCAUACCCUCCUCCCGAACACGAGCCAGAGCUCGCUGGACACGUUAGCGGAUCCACUCGGCCGGUUGCCCGAUGCGCCGAAUCGGCUCAGCACAUUCGAAGCAUUCAUCAAUCAUGCCAGACAAGCGGAAGCGCAACGGAUCGAGCGCGAGCGGUCCAUGAUGCGCGCCUGGCUCGCGGCGGAAGAGGAGCGGCGGCGCAUGGCGGGCAGGAGCUUGAGCGGGGAUCCGUGGCGGGGCCGGUUUGGACCGCCUGCUAGUGAUACCAAUCAUUUCCCAGCAGGACUUGGGAUCGGGAUGGGAGGUGGGGUGGGAUAUGGGUAUGGAUAUGGAUAUGCGCCGCAGGUGCAGUUUAAUGGGGGGAUGCGGAUGCCGCCGACGAGGAUGCAUCGGGUUGAGAGGAGCUCGGUGGAGAGGGAGAGGCCGAGGACGAGUGGAGGUGGAGUCAAGGCCGCGAAGGUGUGGUUGAGGAAGGUGACGAGUUUGGAGAGGUUGAGGGCUUAGCCGAGGAGGACUGUUGGAGUUAGUCAGUGGGAUCUUCUUGUAUUUGUCUUUGAUUUGAUCUUUUUGGGGGGUGUUUAUAUGGGAUGGAAGGACGGAUGGAUAGAUUGACCGAAUAUACCAGGCAGGUAAUAUGAGAAAUGAGAAAUGAAAUGAAAAUGGACGCAUAUUUAUAGAGAAAAG